CUGUGUAAACAGGAAGGAGAAAGUUGCUGCUUUAUUUUAAUUUACCCCCUGUCAAGUAGCAAGGUAUAGGCGUUAUUUUCUCUCCGUUUGUAGAACAUUGUCAGAACGAACCACGAGCUUACCUUAAAUAAUUCUGUAUUUUUACGUGGUAACCUGCCAUGUUUAAAUAGUAUUUUACGGAUCCUUUUGUACGCGGGCGCGACACCGACACAGUACGCUUUGCUGCACGUCGUUAUGCAGAGGGAGGGGGGUUUACUGUGUGUUACGGCUCUCGGAUCGAUCGGCCGGCUGCUUACUGAAAUGGUUCAAGUAACGGAAUUAAUUGAGACGAAUAUCGCCUGCGCCGGGAGCGUCGCCCAAUGAGAGGGCCCAGCGGGACCCGCACUUGGAAGCCGCUUGAGACCGGACUGUAGCUGCGGUCGGACCCGUCAUGUCGGCCACCGACGGCGCCGGCCCCGCCGCCUCGGCACUCGUGGCCGAGCUCUCCUUCUCCUUCCAGGACGAGCUGACGGCCACCAUCCACAACGCCUUCGGCGUGGCCGUGGAGAUCGCCGUGCUGGAGGUCACCAAGCUCGUGGGCCAGGCGCUGCGCGAUGUACGCGAUCAGAUGCACGAGACGCUGCGCGAGAACAGGGCGCUUCAGCAGCGCUUGCGCGCGACCGAGCUUGAGCUGAGCGUGGCGCGCGGGCGAGCGCGGGACGCGGACAAGGGGAGCGUGAAGGGGGAGGAAGAGAAGGAGGAGGACGAGGUGCGGCGCGCGCCGGCGACGAACCCUGAGCUCGUGGAACCCGGCGUCGCGGCGCGGCUGGACGUCCGGGAGAGGUACGACGUCGCGGGAGGUGAUGGUCACGCGGAGGCGGGCGCGCGCAACAGCCGCUCUUCUUUCUGCGAGAUUCGGGAGGACGGACAGGUGUGUUCGCAGGACUUGAGCCCGGAUCUGGAGGGAGAGUCGAGAAAAGAGCGUGGCAGCGUGACGGCUACGUUCACUGCAGCAGUUUCCAAGGGCAACCAGACUUGUAUGUACUCAAACAGCCAGGUGGAGACGCAAGUGGUCAGCUUUGAGCAGGUUUGCUCAGACAUGCCCUCAGGAGUGGACGCUGCCGUGCUUGUCAAAGUUCAGUCCUCACUGGAUAUGGACCUGCAGAAUCCGAAGGCUGAGCAGCCGGUCAGAGUGAAGGAGGAGUUAUCGGACCUGGGCUGCACGUCGGCUUCUGCCCCUUUUGUUGAGGCUGGAGAAGACUUUGGGCCGGACUGCCUCUCCCUGGCUCAGUCCAAGCUCCUGGAGGACUGGAGGCCCGAACCCCUUCACCUGCAGAGCUGCGACACAGAUCCCCUUAUUCCAUGCACCAGCCAUUCCUUGUCGGACUCCCCCGUGUUCAACCCUGAUUUACCAGACCUAGACAUCCACACACCGUCGUCCAGCAGCCUGCAUCCUCCAUUCUCCAAACCCUUCCCACCUGAGGAGUCCCUCUCCCACCCACUGUAUAGCACGCAGAGGAGCAGCACCAACGCCAGCGUACCCAAUGUCAGUGUGCCCAAUAGCACGGGCACCCACACCUGCAGGGUCUGUGGAGAGACCUUCUGCCUGCCAGAGGAGCUGCGACAGCACCGAAUGCAGCACCACGGAGCCAAACCAGGGAGGCACCCCAAGCGGCAGGCCUUCCCACCAGGCCGCAGCCCCUACCACUGCUCACUAUGCGGCCGUGACUUCAACCGAAUGGAGCACUUGAAGAUUCACCAGCGCAUCCAUACAGGCGAACGGCCAUACGCCUGCUCUGUGUGCAGUGCCCGCUUCCGCCACUCAUGGGCGCUGACCAGGCACUUCCGCAUCCACACAGGGGAGAAGCCGUACACCUGCAACCUGUGUGGCAAGACCUUCCGGAACUGUGGGGGGCUGCGUUUCCAUCAGCGCUCUCACUGCCUGGAAGGGAACUCCUGAUCUCCCCUUGUGGGGAGAGAAGUAUGGGUGCAUGAGAAGAAGAGGAUGGAGGAAAUGUCGAGCAGGGCGCGCCACACCCACAAGUAAUGUGGAACUGCAGGGAACAAAGGUGUGGCAUCGGGGCUCUCGUGAGGAGCUAUGAUGGUGCUGUGGGCAGACGCAGGAGCUCAGAAGAAAGUGAAGAGACUAAAACCACACCAAAGGGUCUCUGUAUGCGCUCCCAUCCACCUUGGAGUUGAGGAUAUGAACUGAAGUUCAAAUGUAUUGAAGACAAGUCUGCAAUGCGCUCCAUAUGUGUGAGGGGACAUCCAGAAUUUUAACUAAAAUUUUAAGUAGCAGAAAACCCAGAAACCUUCUGACACAUGUUGUAAGCUUUACAUAUGAAUUCUCUUAUCUUCCCACCAUUCAGCUUGUUUUGGCUUUUCGAAGUUAAUUUAAGUUCCACUUCUAGAAAAGGACUGAUUAACAAAUAUUGAAUUUUCUGUGGUGGAAAAACACCCAGAGCUGAGUAAAGGACAGAUGUUUACCUUAGUCCAGCUAAAGGUGGUCUCAUUUUCUUCAAGUUCUUUUUGGGGUUCAGAGAUCCAGGGGCUGAAGGAGGAGCCCAUAGACAAUCAAGAAACCAGAUCAAAUCUGAGGUUAGGAAUUACAGGAACAAAUUUUUUUUCUGUCUCCUUCCCUAUUAUAUUUUGUUAUGGUGGACUUUGUUUACACUUAAUAUGUUUGCCAGUGACUUUUUUUUGUCACGUGGGCUGAUGAAGAACUGCUCUCCAAAAUGUUGGCUCAUUUAGAAAUAAAUCAUUUGGUCUGA